GUGACCAGAACGCGCAUCAACCACAUCACAGAGCAAUCAUGUUCACGUCCUACGAUCCGUCAGGAAAGAUUUGGUCCGGCCCCAGGCAGCCGGGUCCUUUCAACCCGCAAGCUAAUCUGGGCCAAUUGAUCUUGAACGUACUGGAACGAAACCCAACUAUGGUGGCCCAGGUCUGUGUGGAGUCCGGAGUGGAGUUGACCUGCCAAGAGGUACGUCUCCGCUCGAUACGAGCCGCACAGAACCUGACCAAGCUGGGCUGCAAGCAAGGUGACAUGAUUGGCUUUGCCGUGAGGAAUCGCGAAAACGUGGCGCCUUUGGUGUAUGGCUGCUUCCUGAUUGGGGCUCCCGUGAACUGCGUUGAUCCGGAUUAUACGACCGCAGAUAUGGCGCACAUGUUUCGCAUUAGCAAACCGGUGCUGGUAGUGGCCGACGAAGAUAACGUGGAAACGGUGAAGGCAAGUUGUCAGGCUGUUGGGAUAAGCCCGAAGUUUGUCGUGAUGGAUCGAGCUUUCGACAAAGGCGAUUUGUCCGGUUGGGAUGUUGUUAAGGAGACCGGUAACGAGCAGUGUUACUUCCCGCUAUAUCUGGGUGACUCGGAGAAGCUUAUCGCAGCUGUUGUUUGCUCGUCCGGAACUACUGGAAUGCCCAAAGGAAUCUGCCUGUCACAUGCAAACAUCAUUCAUCAAUAUGCUAUGAUAUGCAACAUCCACCUAUUUAACACCGCCUUCUCGUUCAGCUCUCUGUACUGGGUAUCCGGAUUCAUCCCAUUAAUUCAAGGUCCGUUUAACAAUGCCACCCGCUACAUCUCGGCUCGCCCAUUCAGCCCGGAGGCGUUCUUCGAAAUCGUCAAAAAAUAUGCCCUCACGCACGUGUUCUGUCCACCGGCCCAAGUUGCAAUGCUACUUCAGAGUCCUCUGUUGGGAAAAGCCGACCUUUCCAGUAUCGAGGUCUUCUACUCGGGUGGAGGCAUUUUUACGCCUGGACUUCGCAAGUCCAUCGAGAAAUGGCUGCCCUCGGGUAGGACCGGCGUGGGCUAUGGGACGUCGGAGAUCGGCUUCAUAGCCACGGAUGCCUUCGGACCGAUACGAGAAGGAUCGGUAGGACAUCUGGCUCCGAACAUUGAAGCCAAGGCACUGGAUGAUGAUGGGAAACAAGUGGGCGUCAACGAGAGGGGUGUCCUCUGGCACCGGUAUCCCAUCAAACCGAUGGGAUAUCUGUACAAUCAAGCCGCAACCGACGAGAUCCUGACCGACGACGGAUGGGUUUGCAGUGGAGACGUGGGAUAUUUCGACGAGGAUGGCUAUCUGUUUUUGGUCGACAGGAAAAAGGAAAUCAUCAAAUAUAAAGGCUAUCAAAUAUCCCCAUCAGAGAUUGAGGCCACGAUCGAGGAACUACCGGAGGUGUCACUUGCAUGCGUGGUGGGAUUAUUUGACUCGGUAUUGCACGUAGAUCUACCGACGGCAGUGGUUCAACUUCGAAGGGAACGCAAGCUUAGUGAGGGUCGUGUGAUCGAUCAUGUGGCCAAGAAACUUGCGGAUUUCAAACACCUUCGCGGUGGAGUAUUCUUUGUAGAAGACAUGCCACUGACCAAAUCGGGGAAGCUCCAAAGGUACGAGAUACGCAAGUAUGCUGAACGAAGACCUACAUCGACUGCAAAUUGA